UGUACACUGGGAGAUGUCCACAGGACUCAGCACAGUGGGGGUGGUCAUCAGAAGCUUGGUUGGGCUGAGGGAGAGCCCCCCAGAGGUCAUCUGCUCAACUGUCCCUUUGUACACAUGGGGAGGAGAUAGAGGUCCAGAAACCUGGGUGAUCUGCCCACUGUCACGACAGCCAAAGCUGGGCUGUACCAAUGGACACUCUCUGGCGUCAAGGACAUGAGUGGCGGGGUGGGUUUCCCCAGAGACGGUGAGGUGGUGUAAGGGGCGCGGGGAUCACCAGGUACUGCUCUACAAGGCAGGGAACAAGACUGGGGGCCAGCUCCACCGCACCCUGCUGCGUGACCUUAACCACCGCAGUCCUCAGCUUCUCGAUGGGCAAAACGAGGAAGCCAGAUCAUCUAGUGAUUGGAACUCCCUUCCUGAUUUGCCUUUAUGGUCUACAUGUCGUCAGAUCCUUAAAGCCGAGGAAACUGACUUUUAAGCAGCUUCUGAAUGGCAGGCUGUUCCUCAGACUCCACAUGUUUCGUGUUCUCUGUUUUGAGAUGGGCUGUCUGUGAGUGCAACCCCCUAAGGCGUCCUUGGAUUCUUUAGAUUGUGUUAAUCCUCUGGAUUUGCUACCCGGGACCCUGGGAUUUGCAGGGGGAGGUGGCGUUGUUAUAGAGCGGGCCGUGUUUUCUGCCUGGGUUCUCGUCCAGCCAGGGGUGUUUGUGAGAACAUUGGAAUCACAAAGUGGCCCAUGGCGGAGAAUGCAGCCAGAACAAAGGCGCCCUCUCCCCGCCGGGGGCCGGGGGGAAUACUAACUAGUUGACAGGAAUUUUAAUAUAAAACUCUCCCUCUUCCUUGUCAUUCUGAGGUUUCAGGAAGCCUUCGGGCUUAUCGUGCAGAGGCACACAGCACAGACAGGGCUUGGGGAGGUGAGAGGUGAUUUCCUGCCAUUCUUCUGCGGGGCGGGCUUCCCAGGGCGGUCAUGCCAGGCUGACUGGGCGCAGUGUGGACUCCCACUGCUGGGGGGAGAGCUGGGAUUUCAUGGGGCGGCAGCUGAGACAGGACCCGCAGCCAUGAACCGGUUCAAUGGGCUCUGCAAGGUGUGCUCGGAGCGUCGCUACCGCCAGAUCACCAUCCCGAGGGGGAAGGACGGCUUUGGCUUCACCAUCUGCUGUGACUCUCCGGUUCGAGUCCAGGCUGUGGAUUCUGGGGGUCCGGCAGAGCGGGCAGGGCUGCAGCAGCUGGACACCGUGCUACAGCUGAACGAGAGGCCUGUGGAGCACUGGAAAUGCGUGGAGCUGGCGCAUGAGAUCCGGAGCUGCCCCAGUGAGAUCAUCCUGCUCGUGUGGCGCAUGGUCCCCCAGGUCAAGCCGGGGCCAGACGGCGGGGUCCUGCGGCGGGCCUCCUGCAAGUCGACGCACGACCUCCAGUCGCCCCCCAAUAAGCGGGAGAAGAACUGCACCCACGGGGCCCAGGCACGGCCUGAGCAGCGCCACAGCUGUCACCUGGUGUGCGACAGUUCAGACGGGCUACUACUCGGUGGCUGGGAACGCUACACAGAGGUGGCCAAGCGCGGGGGCCAGCACACCCUGCCUGCGCUGUCCCGUGCCACCGCCUCCACUGACCCCAACUACAUCAUCCUGGCCCCACUGAACCCUGGGAGCCAGCUGCUGCGGCCUCUGUACCAGGAGGAUGCCAUCCCCGAAGAAUCAGGUGGUCCCAGUAAAGGGAAGUCCUACACAGGCCUGGGGAAGAAGUCCCGGCUGAUGAAGACAGUGCAGACCAUGAAGGGCCAUGGGAACUACCAGAACUGCCCAGUCAUGAGGCCGCACACCCCACACUCAAGCUAUGGCACCUAUGUCACCCUGGCCCCCAAGGUCCUGGUGUUCCCGGUCUUUGUUCAGCCUUUAGAUCUCUGUAACCCUGCCCGGACACUCCUGUUGUCUGAGGAGCUGCUGCUGUACGAGGGGAGGAACAAGGCUGUCGAGGUGACGCUAUUUGCCUACUCGGAUCUGCUGCUCUUCACCAAGGAAGAUGAGCCGGGCCGCUGCAACGUCCUGAGGAACCCCCUCUACCUCCAGAGUGUGAAGCUGCAGGAAGGUUCUUCAGAAGACCUGAAAUUCUGUGUGCUGUAUCUAGCAGAGAAGGCAGAGUGCUUAUUCACUUUGGAAGCGCACUCACAGGAGCAGAAGAAGCGAGUGUGCUGGUGCCUGUCGGAGAACAUCGCUAAGCAGCAACAGCUGGCGGCCUCGCCCCCGGAGAGCAAGAAACUCCACCCUUAUGGCUCUCUCCAGCAGGAGAUGGGGCCUGCCAACUCAACCAAUGCUACCCAGGAUAGAAGCUUUACCUCAUCAGGACAGACUCUGAUUGGCUGAGCAAACCCAAGGGCAGGACUCUGCUUCUGGCAACUUAACCCUUUCUUGGGCAUCCCCUACCACACAGUAACCUCACCUCAACUGGACCCAAAACGGAGGACCAAGAUGGUGGGCCUCGGGUCAUCUGAAGGGAGUGGCCCCACAGGUGUGUGUGGACUGGCAUCAGAAGGACCACAGUGGUAUGAGAGGCCCUGUGGGUACAUGUACACUGGCAUCAGAAGGUCCCAAAAGGAGAAGACUCAAACCUUUUCCCUACAAGGAAGAAGGAGAAGAAAUAGCAUCUGGGCUUCCUGCGGUUCCAGUGCCUGCCGUGGGGGCAACAGGAGAGAGGUUGGCAGAGGUCAGCCCUGAUGGAGAACAAUCUCAUCGUCCUCCACUGCCAGAAGAUAUCUCCACUCAUUCACUUAUUUUGCAUCUGUACUCAUUCAUUCAUUUCUUAAUUCAGCGGAUAUUUUGGGGACAUCUACUUUAUGCCAAGCUCUGGGCUAGGAGCUGAGGGUUCUGUGGAGAAUGAGGUGGACAUAGUCUCUGCUUCUGUCAAGAUUUCAGUCCUGGUAGGGGAGCGAGCAUUAAAUAGAUCAACACCAACACAUACACACAUGCACACACGUGAUUACAAACUGAUCAUCUACGAAGAAAAAGAUUCCUUUAAGAGAAAAUAUUAUUUAGGUUGCUGUGUGUGUGGGGUUGUUUGUGGGGGGCAGUGAAUAUAUCAUAACUUUUAGGUUGAGACCUACAGGCCAGAAAGGGGUUAGCCAGUCAGACUUUGGAAAGAGUGUUCCAGCAAAUGGAAAAGCCUGUGGAGAGGAGAGAUGGGAAGGAGGUUGGUGUGCUGGGGCCAACAGAGGCCAGGCCAGUGUGGCUAGAGCUGAGUGAAGAGGCAGACCAGAUGAGUGAGGGCCAGAUCGUGUAGGGCCAUGGUGGUUAAUGUUUUACGGAUUUCAUUCUAGAUACAGUGGGAAGCCGCUGAAGGCUUUGAGAAAGGGAGUCAGUCUCAGGGACAUUUCUAGAAGAUCAGAGGGCCCAAGGAGGCAUCCAAGUGGGUAGGAAGAGAUGAGUUAGGGGGUCCCUUCAGUCUUCCAGGGGCUUGGUGGCCUAUCCUAGGUAGGAUCUAGGACCCUUCUGAGGGGCAAUGGUUGCCUGUCCUAGGUAGUGGUUGGGGAGGUAGGUAUGUGAAUUUCCAGACCCUUGGAUAUGGUGGAGGCUCUGGGAUAAGAAGAGAGAAUUCCCUGCCCCCCACCUCCCCUUGUUCUCCUCUACUGUGUCUUGCUCUCUCAGUGACCUACUAGGACCUACUAAGGGACAGUGAUUAGAGCCCUGCCGGCUCACUGCCUGGAGCCCAGGGUUGGACAGCUCUCAUACCAUUCUCUAACUGUCAAGACCUAGAGGGAGGGAAGCCCAAGGUCACGGGUCUGAGUGACAUAGCUCGUACACAAAAGGUGUGUGUAGGACCAUAGUCACUUGCAUAGAAAAAGGGGGUCAAAGAGGCUAGAGAGAUGGCUCAGACCAGAGAAGCCCCUGGACCUUGGGUGGUCUCUGCAUUGUGUCCUAGAAGACCAUCUCAGUGUCUUUAGAGAGGGCUCUUAUGCCUGGUGAGGUUGCUCAGCUGCUGUGGCCACUUGAACUCCAAGAAGCAUGGCCCAGAAGAGACUAUGUCCAUCACCUUCCAUUUAGGCAAGAUCAGACAUCCCCUGAACAGGGGAUGGGAUGUAUCUGCCAGCGACCAGGCUGAUGCCCCCACCCCGCAGGGGAAUAGGCUGGGGCUGCACUGGGGCAACUGAUAUACAGCAUCUGUCAGCCAGGACUCAGCCCGCAGGGUUAAUUCUGAGAGGCGGAGCGGCUGCGUCUGCACAGACAGCAAGCUGCACUUUGAUUUCAUUUGAUUCCCUUAUAAAAUGACAUUAAGGGGAAUGUGAGGCCCAGGAGAAUCGCCUGUCUGGGAAGGCAGCGACCUUGACUCUCCCAGACCUGGUGACCUACCUCUAUCCACCAGACAGGUGCAGAGGACAGGAACUCUGGCCAUUCUCUGAAAUGGAGAACGAGAACAUAACACCAAGCCCUUGGGGACAGGGCUUUCCUCCCAUCCGGUCCUGACAAGCUGCUGACUUGGGGUCCUAGGCCUAGCCACUUCCAGGGGGAGCAGACGUCAGCUCCGGGAGGGCCUGGGCCAGUCUUCCCGGUGACUGUGGUGAGCCCCAGCGCCACUGCUGCUCUGCCUCUCAAAUCGAUAAGACAAUUCAUUUGGCUUCAUGGGCUGGAGAAGAUGAAACAUGACCGGGUGGCCACUGCUCUUCGGCAUCCGGGUCCGUCCCAGCCAUCCAGGAUGAUGAACAUGCUAUCGAAAGUGCAUCUGAGAGUCAUAAUCACGGGAAGCAUGGCUGGGCCCCGCCCUCCACAUAAAUCAUGCUGAGAAGCCUACACAAUGGCCUCUUUCCUGAUGGUCCAAUUGUCUUCGUUUGGUGUCUGGGGUUUGGGAGCCGGGAGGAUGGGAGCACAACCAUUUAUUGUUGAAAAGGCCAUCUGUGAGAUUUGAAUACAAAGUGAUCCCUUAAGUUUCCUUCACACCCUCUGGUCCCGUUUUUGUGUUUGCUUAUGUCUCAGGCACUGGGUCUUUUGAAACUCUGUCUCUCCUGUAAACAGCCAUGCCCAGUCUCUGCUGGCCUGGCCUUUUGACCCUUUGGGAGCUGGAACCUAUUGGAAAUCAUGAUGACAUUUAUUUAUGGACGUCUUGUAAAAAAAAUUCUUUCUUUAAAAUAUUUUUCAUAAAUUUUGCCACCAAAGCCCUCAUUUCUUACACAUGGCACCUAGUGAAGGCAGAGGGAAUUUGUGGGAGGGUUCCGUACAGGGACAGCAGGGGCUUCUGAGAUAGCGACUGGGGUCCCCAGGCAUUAUCUCCCCAGGCCACCAGCAGCCUCGCUGUAUAGAUGAAAGGGACCAAGACUCGGAGAAGUUAAAUGAUAUAUCCAAGAUCACACAGCUAGUAAGAGGCUGAGCUAGUCUUCAAACCAAAGCCUUUCAGCCCUAACCCAUUGCUGUUCCCAGAUGCAAAGUUCUACUUUUUAGGGAUAGAAGUAGAGAAAUCAAUCAUCUCCUUCUGGAAGAGGCAGGAGGGUGAUAGCCUUCAUGUAGAAGCCAUGGCCCUUUAAGCUCUGGAGGAGAUGCUUUAGGACGAAUGAAUGAGACGUCUCCUCCAUAUCGCAGAGAACAAGCUUCCAAAGUUUGUGUGUCUGAGGGGUGGCCCAGAAAAGAUCAGGAGCUUCAUGCCAGAUUUGAUAUGAAAAGCGGGGUGGAGCUCCUUAAGACGGGAUCACAGGGGCACCGGCACGGUCGGCUGAUGCCCCUUCCCCUUUUGAAUCUGGUGUUUAAGAGGAUCAGCAGACACAGUAUUGGGUACCCAGCAGUGAAGGAACUGUGGCCAAAGGCAGAAAGGGACAGCUUCAGGUUCAGGACCUGGUAUGGUUGAACAUGAGUCUUGGAAGCAGGCCUUUGACUCAAGCCUCGCUGAGGGUGGGAAGAGUCCGCUCUGGGUUGUGGGCCCAGAUUUUGCUAAUUGACUGGUUCCAAGUCUCAACCAAAAGUACCUGGGAAUCAAUUGGACUGGAUUUCAGAUAUCCCCUCAGAAAGCACAGUCUUUUCCCUGAAAAGCUCAACCGUUUUCCCAUCUCUCCAGCUUUCCUCUCUCUGCUGCUUGAGGCCCAUUUGGCUACGGACAGACCACCUGCUUCACUGUCUUGCUUUUUGCCUUGGCUAUGGCGCUAUUCUUGUUUUCGCUCUUAAUGAAGACAGCAUGACCUUACCUUCCAUUCUCUCUUGACCUUAUCUUCCCUUAAGCCUUUCUCUGAGCAGAGCCACCAUCCUGCAAUUGUUUCCUUAUCCUUGGUUUAAGGGUAGAAUAAUAACACUAGGUGAUUCGGGGAGCAGUUAUACGGUGAUCUAUGUUGUCCCUCUAAUCCUCACUACGGCCUCAUGAGGUUCAUCGUCCCCGUUACACAUCUACUCUCGUUACACCCAACUGGUAGAUAAAGACGCCGAGUCUUAGAGAAGUUAAGAAACUUGCCCAAGGACACACAGCUAGGGUGGCCAGAUCGGUACAUGGCAGCCCAGCUCCAGAGCACCUGCUUUUGAUUGUUCUGUGCUACUGCUUCCCGGCAAUCACAGACCAUCCAAGCUGCGUCCAGACCAUUUGGGAAGCUGUCGUCAGAGUAAAGCCUAGGUCUCAGCGUGGACCUCAAGUCUCUUCCUGGGUGCACUGUACUCCUGCUUUGUGGUUGCAGCCCAGCCACGCUGCAUUAUUUCCCCUUCUAACUCCUGGUGUACAUUCACAUUUAGGCUGUUUCUUCCACCCAAGGUUGCCUGCCCUGCUCUGCUCUCCCUGUCGGACACAAUCCUCAGCCUUUAAGGUUUGGCCACUCUCCUGAGACACCUUUCUCAGGCGUGCAUCAGAAGUCAUGGCUUCCUUCUCUGUGCUCCCAUGGUAUCUUGUUCCUCCUUAGCACAGUGUGUUAAGCAGAUAUGUCUCAUCUGCAAGACUGAGCUCCUUGGGAGCCAGUGGAGGUCAUAAUCUUAUUUAUUUCUUCUUCUGUGACUGCCCCAUCCUUAGUACAUGCUCAGUAGAUGUUGUAGAGUUGAAUUGGGUCAUAUGAUUCAAGCCUCUCAUAUUCUAGAAUUUAAAUGAGGAAACUGAGGCUCAAAAAAAAGGAAGUGACCUGGCCACGGUCAUGGGACAAGUUAGUGGCCAAGUCAGGGUUAGAAGUCAGGUCUCCUGACUCUCUUGUCUCAAAGCUUUCUCUGUUGUACCUCCAAUUUGUGAGACCAUAGCCUGGAUCCCCACUUAGCUUAUUAAGCAAUCUGGCCAGCUUCAUUUCAGGGUCAUAGAUACUACCGUAUUCCAUGCUGACUCCUGGCAUGCUUGGAGGCGAAGGAGAACUGACCAGAACUGCUUUCACAGUUUUCUUCCCCCGGUGUGUGGGGCUCUCUUCUCCCUGAGCCCCUUUCCCUCAGAGAAAACUGGAGCAGGAUUCUGAAGGUCUUGGUUCGAAUCCUGAUUUUGCUGGUAACUCACUGUGUGGCUUUGUGCAAAUUGCUUUAUCUCUCUGAUCAUCUGUUUUCUUUACUAAGAAAAAUGAGGGAGUUGAAUGUAGGUGAUCUUCAGGAGUCAUCUUCAAAGCCUCAGGACUUUAAUAGCACAUUAAAGGAAGAAAGAAAAGACAUUUUGGUCUUCACAUUGAAACAAGGGUGUAUGCGCAUGGAUAUGUACAAAUGCUGUACAUGGCUGAUAUUCAUCACGUACUCGUGACACAUAGGUAUACUUGUGGAUUUUAUGUGGGAAGGGUCCUCAUCACCGGUACCCACAUUAUAAACACACCCCUGCCUCCUCCCCACCCAGAGAUGCCUCCUUCAAGGCUGGCCCCUGGGAAGCCAGUUACAAGGAGCUCUCCAACCCAGAGUCUUCCCCUCUUCCUUUUUCCUUUCUAUGCACUGCACUCUUUUGUUUGGACUUCACAUAUAUAUGUAUGCACGUCUGUUGUUUAACUUUCCCAACUACUGAGUUUAUGGCCUAAGCUAACUUUCAAGUGAAAUUUGCAGUAAUCAAUAUGCAGUGCCUUUCAUUUCUCAUGUGGUCAGAUUCUCCUUUGGACUCUUCCCCAGAAGUCACCAUUGACUUGUUUCGUUGACUUUACUGUGCAUCUUCUUUUACUCAAACCCUGCUGCAGGUAAACUUUCUACGACAGUAUCUUUGAAAUGUCCGUGGUUUUCUGUUAUGGUGUUCUGUUGGUCCUUGUGGAAGAACAUUAAGGGUUCAGUGGGCUAGCCUAGGAAGCUGACCACCAUUUAUAACACUGAUAUCGGGGGAAAAUGCAUUCUGAGACCCUAAUCAACUCUCAGAUGGACUUUGGGAACACGACUCGGCACAUAUCCCAAAGCAGAUGAAUGUAGCGUUUAUUUUAUGAACCACUAGAAUUUUGAUAGAACCAUAGACCCUGGGAACAUGGAACUGAAAAUCAUCCCUCCUCUUACACCAAGAUCAACUGAUUAAUAA